AUGCUGCAAAACGUGAGUCCUCACAACAAGCUCCCUGGGGAAGGGAAUGCAGGAUUGCUGGGGCUGGGCCCAGAAGCAGGGGUGCCAGGGGAAAGGAUUCCAAAGCCUUCCCUCUUGUAUGAGGGAUUUGAGAGCCCCACAAUGGCUUCGGUGCCUGCUUUGCAACUGACCCCUGCCAACCCACUACCGCCGGAGGUGUCCAAUCCCAAAGAGCCAGGACGAGUUACCAACCAGUUGCAAUACCUACACAAGGUAGUGAUGAAGGCUCUGUGGAAACAUCAGUUUGCAUGGCCAUUCCGGCAGCCUGUGGAUGCUAUCAAACUGGGUCUACAGGAUUACCACAAAAUUAUAAAACAGCCUAUGGACAUGGGUACUAUUAAGAGGAGACUUGAAAACAAUUAUUAUUGGACUGCCUCAGAGUGUAUUCAAGAUUUUAAUAGCAUGUUCACCAACUGUUACAUUUACAACAAGCCCACUGAUGAUAUUGUCCUAAUGGCACAAAUGCUGGAAAAGAUCUUCCUACAGAAAGUUGCAUCAAUGCCACAAGAGGAACAAGAGCUGGUGGUGACCAUCCCUAAGAAUAGCCACAAGAAGGGGGCCAAGUUGGCAGCACUCCAGGGCAGUGUUACCAGUGCCCAUCACGUGCCUGCUGUCUCUUCUGUGUCACACACAGCCCUGUAUACUCCACCACCUGAUAUGUCUACCACUGUCCUCAACAUUCCCCACCCAUCAGUCAUUUCCUCUCCACUUCUCAAGUCCCUGCACUCCGCUGGACCUCCACUCACUGAUGUUAAUGCAGCUCCUCUGGCCCAGCCCCUUCCCAAGAAAAAAGGUGUAAAGCGGAAAGCAGAUACUACCACCCGUACAUCUACAGCCAUCCUGGCUCCUGAUUCCCCAGCUAGCCCUUCUGGGAGUCUUAAGCCUAAGGCAACACAGCAUCCCCCUAUGCAUAGAGAGAGUGGUCGCCCCAUCAAUCCACCGCGCAAAGACUUACCUGACUCUCAGCAACAACACCAGAGCUCUAAGAAAGGAAAGCUUUCAGAACAAUUAAAGCAUUGCAAUGGCAUUCUGAAGGAAUUACUCUCUAAGAAGCAUGCUGCCUAUGCUUGGCCUUUCUAUAAACCAGUGGACGCUUCUGCACUUGGCCUGCAUGACUACCAUGACAUCAUUAAGCACCCUAUGGACCUCAGCACUAUCAAGCAGAAGAUGGAGAACCGUGAUUACCGGCAUGCACAGGAGUUUGCUGCUGACCUAUGGCUUAUGUUCUCCAACUGCUACAAGUACAAUCCCCCAGAUCACGAUGUUGUGGCAAUGGCACAAAAGCUACAGGAUGUAUUUGAGUUCUAUUAUGCCAAGAUGCCAGAUGAACCACUGGAACCAGGGCCUUUACCAGUCUCUACUGCCAUGCCCCCUGGCUUGGCCAAAUCAUCUUCAGAGUCCUCCACUGAUCAAAGUAGCAGUGAGAGCUCCUCUAAGGAAGAAGAGGAGAGUGAAAGCUCAGACUCAGAGGAAGAAAGGGCUCGUCGCUUGGCAGAACUGCAGGAACAGCUUCGGGCAGUACACGAACAACUGGCUGCUCUGUCCCAGGGUCCAAUAUCCAAGCCCAAGAGGAAAAGAGAGAAACAAGAGAAAAAGAAGAAACAGAAGGCAGAGAAUCAUCAAGAACAAGCUGGGGCCGAUGAAGAUGACAAGGGGCCUCAGACACCCUGCCCACCUCAGCCCAAGAAGUCCAAGAAAGCAACUGGCAGUGGAGCUGGCAAUACUGCUUUAAGCCCUUCUGGUUUGGGACCUUCUGGAGGAUGUGGCACCAACCUCCCCAAAAAGGCCGCAAAGACAGCCCCACCUGCCAUGCCUAUAGGUUAUGAUUCAGAGGAGGAGGAAGAGAGCAGGCCCAUGAGUUGUGACGAAAAGUGGCGGCUGAGCCUGGACAUCAACAAAUUACCUGGAGAGAAGCUGGGCCGAGUUGUGCAGAUAAUCCAAGCCAGGGAGCCCUCUUUACGUGAUUCAAACCCAGAAGAGAUUGAGAUUGAUUUUGAAACACUCAAGCCAUCCACACUUAGAGAGCUUCAGCGCUAUGUCUUUUCCUGCCUACGUAAGAAACCCCAGAAGCCUUAUACCAUUAAGAAGCCUGUGGGAAAGACUAAGGAAGAUGUGGCUUUGGAGAAAAAGCAGGAAUUAGAAAAGCGGUUAGGAGAUGUCAGUGGACAGCUCAAUUCCACUAAAAAGCCCCCCAGGAAAGCAAGUGAGAAAACAGAGUCAUCCUCUACACAGCAAGUAGCAGUGUCACAUCUCAGCGCUUCCAGCUCCAGCUCAGAUUCCAGCUCCAGCUCAGAUUCCAGCUCCUCCUCUUCAUCAUCAUCUUCUUCAGACACCAGUGAAUCAGAUUCAGGCUAA